AUGGCAGCCUGCCCAGAGAUUGGGGAAAGUUCUCUGGCUCACCAGACUGACAAGUCUAACAUUCAGAAAGAUAGGUCUGUUUGCAUUGGCCCUGCUGUUUCCACGGCAGCCCUGAUCCAGGUGGAGCCUGAGAAGGAGGACGACCCCUGGGACCUGCCUGAGUUACAUGACACUGGGGUCUCAUGGGCAGAUCUGGACACACAGGGGAAGGUGUUGAGGGUGUUCCGCUCAGUAGGGAAGUUCAUUCUCCUCUUGGGUUUGCUGUACAUGUUUGUUUGUUCUCUGGACAUCCUCAGCUCGGCAUUCCAGCUUGUGGGAGGGAAGACUGCUGGAGACAUCUUCCAGGAUAACGAAGUCCUGUCGAACCCUCUGGCUGGGUUGGUCAUCGGGGUUCUGGUCACCCUGCUUGUCCAGAGCUCCAGCACCUCGUCCUCUAUAGUGGUCAGCAUGGUGUCUUCAGGACUGCUGCAGGUUUCCAUGGCGGUGCCCAUCAUCAUGGGUACCAACAUCGGGACGUCCGUCACCAACACACUGGUGGCGAUGACCCAGGCGGGAGAACGGGACACGUUCCGCAGGGCAUUUGCCGGGGCCACGGUGCACGAUUUCUUCAACUGGCUGUCUGUGUUGGUGCUCCUGCCAUUGGAGGCCACUACGGGUUAUCUGUACCACCUCACGGAGCUCAUCGUGAGAUCUUUUCAUCUGGAGAGUGGAGAAAACGCCCCGGCCCUGCUAAACGUCAUCACAGACCCGCUCACACACGCCAUCAUAGAGCUGGAUGAGUCUGUCAUCACUGGCAUUGCUACUGGAGAUCCAGAAGCCAAGAAUAAAAGUCUCAUCAAAAUAUGGUGCCGAACGUCGACAAACACAUCUCUGCAGAAUGUUACCUUAGCAAACUGCACCAGAGGCAUGUGCUGGGAAUGGAGGAACGUGUCCGAAACGCUAAACAUUCGGAAAUGCGGUCACAUCUUUGUAAACACGGAGCUGCCGGACCUGGCCGUGGGCCUGAUCCUGCUGGCCAUGUCUCUGCUGGUGCUCUGCACCUGUCUAGUCCUCAUCGUGAAGCUGCUGAACUCCGUGCUGAAGGGCCAAGUGGCCAAGGUCAUCAAGACCAUCAUCAACACAGAUUUUCCGUUUCCCUUCGCAUGGCUGACGGGAUACCUUGCCAUCAUAGUGGGAGCCGUCAUGACCUUCAUCGUCCAGAGCAGCUCAGUCUUCACCUCGGCCAUCACACCGCUUGUGGGUAUUGGGGUUAUAAGCAUUGAAAGAGCAUAUCCACUCUCAGUGGGCUCCAACAUUGGUACCACCUCUACUGCUGUACUGGCAGCACUGGCCAGCCCAGGAGAUACACUGACCAACUCACUACAGAUUGCCCUUGUCCACCUCUUCUUCAACGUGUCGGGCAUCGUGCUGUGGUACAUUGUGCCCUUCAUGCGUGCACCCAUCUGGCUGGCCAAGUCCCUGGGCGAUGUGACAGCGCGUCACCGCUGGUUCGCCCUCAUCUACAUCCUGGUGUGCUUUUUCCUCCUGCCCCUGCUGAUCUUUGGCCUGUCCCUGGCCGGCUGGGCCGUCCUGCUCGCCGUUCUCCUGCCGCCAGCAAUCCUGCUGCUCUUCGUCGUCUCUGUCAACGUCCUGCAGGGGCGCUGGCCUCACGCGCUUCCUUCCUGUCUCCGCACCUGGGACUUCCUGCCCAUCUGGGCCCGCUCACUGGAACCCUGGGACAGGGUGGUCACUGUGGUAACCGCAUGCUGCUGCUGCUGCAAAUGCUGCGAGGUUGCCCAGGGAGACGAGGAGGCGGGGCCUGUGAAUAAGGGAUGUGAGAUGGAGAGCCACAAUAACCUGGCAAUGGCCAAUGACAGUGAAGAAAAAGAGAAAGUCCCGCCUCCUCCAGUAGUCCUUAAAAUGACAGUGUUAUAG